AUGUCUUCCGCCGACGCAAAGGGACACAGAUUAUACGUCAAGGGCAAGCACCUUUCGUACCAGCGUGGCAAGCGCAACACCAACCCAAACACAUCGCUCAUCAAGAUCGAGGGUGUUGACGAGCCAAAGGGCGCAUCAUUCUACCUGGGCAAGCGCAUCGCAUACGUCUACCGUGGCAAGAAGGAGAUCAGAGGCACUAAGAUCCGCGUCAUCUGGGGCAAGGUUACUCGGACACACGGCAACUCCGGCCUCGUGAGAGCACAGUUCCGCAACAACCUCCCGGCCAAGUCCUUCGGCGCCAUGGUGCGCAUCAUGCUCUACCCAAGCGCGAUAUAA